CCUACUCUCCCUCCUUGGAAAUUUCGAAAAUCCAUUUCGGGCUCCAAAUUUGACCGUUGGGGUGAGAGGUUCAAAUCACAUACAGAGACUCAAAAACUCAAUAGUCAGAAACAGAGAGCAACAAGAGUGAGUUCACAAUGCCGAUUCUGAGGAAGAAGAGUGUCGCAAACCCUAACAAUCGAAGCAACAAUGAGCAAACCCAAACCUCUCAGACCCAGAACAAGUCUCAGUACGAGCAGUCCAGAGAAGAAAGAAUCAAGGAAAACCUUGAGAGAAUGAAAAAGCUCGGCAUUGUUGACAUCUCUCUUCAGCUCAAGUCUAACUUUCAACCCAAGCGCACAGCACCAAAGAGCUUUUCCAACCGCUGUACGACGCCGUCUGGGCCCUCUCCCAUUCGGGAGCCAGGACGCCUUCGUCGCUCUUCUAGAUUGCAGAAUGCGACACCAGUAAGCUACUCGGAGAUGUAUUUGACAAAGAAGGAUAAGGCUUUGGACAAGGAAGGCAUUAUGCUGGAGGAGGGUGCAAAGCCGGAGAUUUACACCGAAGAGCAUGAAAAGUUGUUGGGUAACACCGAUGAGAGCUGGACUCUAUUUGUGGAUGGUUACGGAAAAGAUGGAAAACGAAUUUAUGACCAAGUUAGAGGAAAGACUUGCCAUCAAUGCAGGCAGAAAACUCUGGGUCAUCAUACUCACUGCAGCCAGUGCGACAAGGUCCAAGGGCAGUUUUGUGGAGAUUGUUUGUACAUGAGAUAUGGGGAGCAUGUAAUUGAAGCCAUUCAGAAUCCGGAUUGGAUUUGCCCUGUCUGCCGUGGAAUUUGCAACUGUAGUUUUUGUCGGACAGCAAAAGGAUGGCCUCCCACUGGUGUGCUCUACAAAAAGAUAACACAACUAGGCUUCAAAUCAGUUGCACACUAUCUCAUUCAAACCCAACGCUCACAGAAGAAUUUAGGAGAAAAUCCAGAAACCACCAAUCAAGUUUCUGCAAAAAGGUCACUGCACUUCCCAGAUGUGGAUGCAUCAUGUGAAGAAAUUCUCAAGGACCAUUGCAAUGACAUUGGAAUGAUAAAACCUCUUGCUGAACACAAAAGAGAUGAUGAGUUAAAGAGUGAAAAAGAGAAUGAUGCACAGAGUAGCUCAAAUCCAGAUAUUAACAACCAAACUUCUGCGAAGAGGUCAUUGUCCUUUCCAGAUGUGAUACAACAGUCUGAAAAUUUUGGAUCACCUGAGGUCGACCACAAGGUUGGUGACCACCUUGGAUUGCCAAAGCAUCAAUCUGAGAGCAGCAGAGAUGAUCUUAAAGGCGAGAAAGAGAAAGAGAUACAUUUGAUGGAUAUGAAACUCAGUGAUAGCAGUCAUGAAACUAGCUCAAAGCAUAAAAUGAAGCCUGCUCUGGCUAUUGAACCAGGUAGCAUUGCUGGAAGAUUAAGACAGAGACGUAGGAAAGGAAAUGACCAUGGUGAUGACUUACCAGAGGCAAAAGUUGAAACUCCAGAUGUUGAGCAGGAGGUAAACAAAAUCUUGUCAAAGAAGGAAGUGGAGAAAGGAAAGGGCAUACUAUUUAGUGAUGGUGGAGAUAUCAGUACUGCAUUGGGUACAAGUUCAAAGCUCAAGAAGAAGCGUGCUCUUGCUGCUGAACCAAGUCCAGACAGUAUAGCUGGAAGAUUGAGGCAGAGGCGCAAGGCCAAUAGCCCUGAUGGCGCAAACACUCUGUCGUAAUCAACUCCAGUCUAGGUAGCUGAGAGGGUAUUGCUGGGGGAUUGAGGUCAAGCAAUAUGAGGAUGAGGUUCUUUCGAAUCUGCAUGCUUCGUUUCGGCAAGAAUAGAGUCCAGUAUUUUGGCUAAUGUAGCAGAAUUGCCUGUGUUGCAAGAAACCGAGUUUUGUGUAUGUAAUUGUGGUUUCUACCUUCAGAAUUCUGUCUAAGUCCUAUUUUGUAAUGACUCAGUAUAUUAUA